GGGCGUGCGGUUUGCUGCGGAUCAUAGCGGUUGCCCGCUGUAAGCUUUUCGUAUGCAUUUAGCUUAAUUAACGGAAAUGCUUGUCUACCAUUGCAAAGCAAGAAAAAAUAUUGUUUAAUAUAGGUAUUGUUUGCUGUACUUCAUCACAUGACGCUCGUACGUCGUGUUUUGUCGCGAUGUUUGCGUGCUACCGGAUUCGUUGCCCAGAGCGUUGCCAUUGCGUACUGUGUCGUCGAGUUCUGUGGAGACCUAGUUAUAUGCAGCGGGUCUUCCAUGGAGCCCACUAUUGCUUCAAACGACAUCCUUCUCACUGAACAUAUAUCUGUGCACACGAACCGCAUUCAGAGAGGCGACAUCGUCAUAGCGAAGUGCCCCAACAAUCCGAAGCAGUAUAUCUGCAAGAGAGUCGUUGGUGUUCACGGAGACCAGUUGAUUUCAGGACUCUUCGUGCAAAGGAUACCGAAAGGACAUGUUUGGCUCGAAGGUGACAAUAAGGAGAACUCAACGGAUUCCCGCGUAUAUGGCCCCGUUCCACUCGGCCUUGUCAGGGGAAGAGCAGUGUGCAGGCUGUACCCAUACAGGAACAUCACUUUCUUCCGGGAUAAUGCACAAUAAAGAGACUGUUUUGUCUGCA